UAACCCGGUCUUUAAACCGAACCGGUUAGUAACGGUUCGGGUUCUCAUCGUAUUAAACUGGUUGAAAAACUGAACCGGUUGUUUAAAAGAAACCCAUCUGUAACUUUUUUUGACUAUCGUUGUUUAAAUUUUUACAGUAUUUCAGAAACCCUCGACACACCACCGUCCCGUCGCAAUUCGCCACCAGCAACCACCGCACCACCACCAGCUCUGUUCGCCUAAGCAGUUCUUCUUCAAACGCUCACACUUACGGACAUCUGAUUGGUUAUAGUAUGGGCAGGACGAGGGAACGUGCUUGGAGAGGCUCAAGCAUUCACCCACUAAAACCGACACAAAAGAUUAGUUCUAUAACGGGCAAGACAAAGGAAUGUGCUCGGGGAAACACAAACACUCAGAUACCAAAUAAGAAGCUAAAACCGACAACAAAGUUACUCGAUGAUGAUAGUGAUGUAGAAAUGUUUGAGCCUAAGCAGCAACACUGCGAGUUGAUUGAAAUUGUGUCUUCUACGUCGGUUUCUUUACUUGAUGAUGAUGAUGAUGAUGAUGAUGAUGUUGAUAAUGAUGGUAGCGGUGGUGAUGAUGAUGAUGAUGAUGAUGAUGUUGAUAAUGAUGGUAGUGCCGGUGAUGAUGAUGAUGAUGAUGUUGAUAAUGAUGGUAGUGCCGGUGAUGAUGAUGAUGAUGACAAUGUAGAAAUAUCAACCUCGAAGCAAGAACAUUGUGAGUCGGUUUCUGUUUUAGCAGAAGCUUCCAAGAAAAUCUCUUCUUCAGUGACUAGUAAAGCUGAUGACAUCAUCAUCACAAACCAGAAAGAAAUUGACACCACCGGAGAGUCUCGAAAAGAGAUGAAUGUAAUUGAAGAUGACUCACACUCACCGGAGUGGGCCCAGGCUCUUGAACCAGUAAGAAAGCUACCAACUAAUGUGGGGGCAAGAAUUAGAAGAUGUGUUUAUGAAUCUCUGAAUAGAAAUCCACCCAAUUGGGCCGUAGAGAUUCUCGAACACUCCAUUAGCAAAGGAGUUUAUAAGGGAAAUGCAUCAGGACCCACAAAGAGAGCGGUUAUUUCAGUUCUUGAAAAAGUGAGAGCUGAUAUUCCACAACCGAAGCCCACCGAGCAGGAACACCGUGAGUUGGAUGAACAUGUGUCUUCUAUGUCCGAUUCGUUACUUGAUGAUAAUGAUAAUGAUGACGACGACGAUGAUGAUGUAGAAUUCGUAGUCCCCAAGCAGGAACAAUGUGAGUUGGUUGAAAAUACGUCUCCUAUGUCAGAUUCGCUGGAAAAGAACUCAUCUUGUCAAAGUGACAUAGUUUGUGUCCAAGGCUACAAAGUGAAGCGAAAUAAUGCAACAAUUCUUGAAGCCAUUUUCAAGAAGCAUGGUGACAUUGCAGCUAAUUGUGUAUUCAAAACAUCUUCUACGAGAACACAUUUCCUCGAGGUUGUUUGUGAAGUCGUUAGGCGAAUUCAAACCGAUGAUAUGGAUGAGAUGGUGGAAGAUAUAGAGUGCCAAGUGUCGGAUGCAGAAGCCGCCAACGUUAAUGUGUCAUGGAUUCGAGCGCACUUCGAAGCUUUUCACAAAAGAAAGGAGACUAGUAAAAAGUACAGUUUGCUUAUGGAAAUGAAAUCAAACACCGUUUUGGUUAAACAAGCGGCCCAAAUGGAUCUGAGAGAGAGAUGUGCGGAGCUAAUGAGUGCGAAAGAACGGAUUAAAGAUGCUGAAAGGUGUGUGAGAGUGUUGCAUCUUGUUGAAAAGAAUCUAAAUGACGAUAUCUUGGAAUCGAAGUCUAAACUAGACUCAUGGGUAGAUCAUCCGGUUGUAUAGGCUAAUUAGAUCAUGCUAUGGUAUGGUGUGUAAAUGUUAGAAGUUUGAUAAAUGGGCCAUAGAAUGUCUUGUAUUUUGAUCAAAUGGGGUGCUCCCGCCAAGUUUAAACUUUAAACCUUAUGUGUUGUGAACCUUAAAUGAAUUAAAUUAGUAUUUUAUAA